GCAGCAGCAGCCUGAAACAGCCCAGCCCUGGUAGGGGGAGGGGUUGGAGAAACCCCAAAGCAGAAAAUGGUCGAUGAUUGGGACCGGCUUAGAAGGCGGCUGUGCUGAGUCAAGCCGGAGCCGUUCGGCCGAGAGGAGGAAGCGAGCCAGACUCGGAGGCGGCGACUGUUUUCUCGGCCUUCCUCCCUCCUGCUCCCGUCAUAGGAGAUGUUAUUCCGCCGGUUGACAGCGGCGGCUGAUAUUGCAUGAAACCUAUCUGCGACCGCAGGACCAGCAACAUGCAGCAGCAACAGCAGCAGCCCAGGGAGGAGGAGGAGAGCGACAAAGAGGAGUGAGGAGGAGCCGCAGCAGCGGGUUCUGCUUUUUUGUUUUGCUUUCGGGGGCUGUUCAUUACGCGUGUGUUUCUUUUCCUCCUCGUCUGGGCUUUUGGUCGCCCCACGGCAAGAAAAUGGAGCCCUUCUCUAGUAGCGAUCGAAUUCAGUUACCUAGGAAUAUGAUUGAAAACAGCAUGUUUGAGGAAGAGCCUGAUGUGGUUGACUUGGCUAAAGAGCAUUGCCUGCAUCCAUUGGAGCCAGAUGAAGUGGAGUAUGAACCAAGGAGUUCUCGGCUUCUUGUUCGUGGUCUUGGAGAUCAUGAAAUGGAUGAGGAUGAAGAGGAUUAUGAAUCAUCAGCUAAACUUCUGGGAAUGAGUUUUAUGAACAGAAGCACUGGCCUGCGUAAUAACACAGCAAGUUACAGACAGAAUUCAGAUGGAUCAUGUUCUGCACCAUCUGCAAGGACCACAGUGAUAUGUGCUGUUGUUCUUGUGAUUGCUGUCUCUGUAAUAAUGGCAAUUUAUCUUCUUCCCAAAUGUACCUUUACCAAAGAAGGUUGUCAUAAGAAAAACCAUACAACAGAUGAUAUAUAUCCUUUGGCAACAAAUGGAAAGCCCUUUCCAUGGGCGCGUUUUAGGCUUCCUGGUGAUGUUGUGCCGGUACAUUAUGAUAUUGUCCUGCAGCCAAAUCUAACUACUAAGAUGUUUUCAGGUUCUGUUCAGAUAACUGUGCAAGUUGUCCAGGUUACUUGGAAUAUAAUACUUCACAGUUCUCAUCUUAAUAUUACCAAGACAACCCUUACUUCAUCGGGUUCAAGUCAGCCAAAACCAGUUGAGCUUCUGGAAUAUCCAAUGAAUGACCAGAUUGCAAUUUUGGCUCCAGAGGCUCUUCUUGUAGGACAACAGUAUAACAUCAGCAUGGAGUUUUUCUCUGAUUUAUCAGACACUUAUACUGGCUUUUACAGAAUUGCCUAUAAGAAUGACAGUUCAUCAAUAAGUUGGCUUGCAGCAACUCAGUUUGAGCCUUUAGCAGCAAGAGCUGCUUUCCCCUGCUUUGAUGAACCAGCAUUCAAAGCUACUUUUCAUGUCAAGGUCAAGAGAGAAAAGCAACAUUCUGCUCUGUCAAAUAUGCCAAAGAAAGCAACCAAACCCUUGGAAGAUGGAUUAGUUGAAGAUGAAUUCUCUGUCAGUUUGAAAAUGAGCACUUACCUGGUAGCCAUCGUUGUUGGAAACCUGGCAAAUAUAACUACGGAAACAAAUGACACUCUGGUAUCCAUUUACACUGUGCCACAAAAAUCAGGGCAGACUGAAUACGCCUUAGACACAGCAGUGAAGCUUCUUGAGUUUUACCAAAAGUAUUUUAAAAUACGUUACCCUCUUCAAAAAUUAGAUUUGGUCGCCCUUCCUGACUUUCAGGCUGGAGCUAUGGAAAACUGGGGUUUGAUCACCUUUCGAGAGACAACACUCCUUCACGAUAAAACAUCUUCAGCAAUGGAUAAAAAGAGAGUUACGACUGUCAUUGCUCAUGAGCUGGCACACCAGUGGUUUGGCAAUCUAGUAACUAUGGAAUGGUGGAAUGACCUGUGGCUGAAUGAAGGAUUUGCCACUUUCAUGGAAAACUUUGCCAUGAAGGAAAUCUUUUCAGAUUUAUAUACGGAUGACUCUUUUCUAAAUCUACAAUUUAAGACCAUGGAGAAAGAUUCCAUGGAUUCAUCUCACCCCAUCUCCCUUCCUGUCAAAUCAUCAGAAGAGAUUGAAGAAAUGUUUGAUGCAGUCUCCUAUGUCAAGGGAGCUUCUCUCUUGUUGAUGUUGCAAAACUAUCUCCAUAAUGAUGUUUUUCAAACUGGUAUUCAUUACUAUUUGGAUAAACACAGCUAUGGGUCGACCCACAGUGAUAACUUAUGGGAUAGCAUGAAUCAGAUAACAAAUGGAACAUUAGAUGUAAAAAAAAUGAUGAAUACCUGGACUCUCCAGAAAGGAUUUCCCUUGGUGACUGUCAAAAAAGAAGGAAAGAGGAUACAUCUACAGCAGGAGAGAUUUGGGCAUAAUUUGGAAUUGGAAAAGCAGACAUUACCUUCAAGUUAUCUAUGGUCUAUACCUCUUUCUUACAUCACCAGCAAUGGCAGCUCAUUCCUUGCUUCUUAUACAUAUUUACUGGAACAAAAAACAGGUGUCAUUGAACUUCCAGGUGAAACAGAGUGGGUGAAGUUCAACGUAGAUUCAAAUGGUUACUAUAUUGUGCAAUAUGCUGAAGGUGACUGGACUGCUCUAAUUGAACUACUGAAGAAAAAGCCCACUGCUCUGAGCUCCAGAGACAGAGCCAGUCUGAUCCAUAACAUUUUCAUUCUGGCAGGGCUAGGAAAAGAGUCUUUGGCCAAGGCUUUUAAUCUGAUUGACUAUCUAGUAAAUGAAAGCAGCACUGCUCCAGUCACACAAGCUUUGUACCAAAUGAACCGUAUCUUCAGCCUAGUUGAAAAAAGGGCAAUGCAUGACCUUUCAUCCAGACUAUUGCGUAAGAUAGACAAACUAUUUGGAGACAAGAUUGAACAGCAGACCUGGACAAAUAAUGGAAAUUUCUCAGCGCAAGAACUGCAGUCAAGUCUCCUAACAUUGGCCUGCUCCCAUGAUUUGAGAAACUGCAUGACAAAAGCAUCUAAGCUGUUUAACAAAUGGAAGGACUCCAAUGAGACAGAAAGCCUGCCAACAAAUGUUAUGAAGAUCAUCUUCACAGCUGGAGCAAAAACUGAAAUUGGCUGGAACUACCUUUUAAGCGUGUAUCACACUUCAGUUUCUGAACCAGAAAAGCUCAAAAUCCUUGAAGCACUGGCCAGCACAGAUGAUGUUAGAAAACUGAUCUGGUUAAUGCAAACAAGCUUAGAAGGAAACAUCAUCAGAUCACAGGAUCUCCCAACUGUUAUAAAAACAGCCAGUCAGAAUUUGCCUGGACACUUACUGGCAUGGGACUUUGUCAAAGAGAAUUGGAGUCAGCUUAUAAAGAAGUUUCACCGUGGAUCAUACACCAUCCAAAGUAUUGUGAUUUCAACAACUUGUCAGUUCUCAACACAAGAACAUCUGCUUGAGGUUAAGACAUUCUUUGAAUCAAAGUCAGAGGAGACUGCUCAUCUGCGGUGUGUCCAAGAAGCCAUUGAGACAAUUCAGCUGAAUAUCCAGUGGAUGGAGAAUAACUUGGCAAAGCUGGAGAAAUUGCUAUAGUGAUCACAGUUCCAUCAGAGUUCGUGUUACUUACUUGGAAUGCUGCAACACUUGCUCUUUUGCUUCUGCAAAAAGCCAGGAUUGAAAAAGGGCAAUGCAACUUUCUUUGCACUGUGAGAGGGUUCUAGUUAGCUCAGGGUACUUUUCUUCCUAAGCUGGCUCUCUUUGGAGUGUUUGUGGACUGGACAUAGAUGCUAAUUAAGGGAAUGUUCAUUCAUUGACUAAACAUUUGCACACAACAAGGACAAUAACUUUUAAAAUUAUAGUGCAGCUCCCUUCCAUUUCAGGAAAGUUCAGUUCCAUUUUCCACGUGUUGCAGAGAGAGCAAAACAAGAACUCUCCUGAGAGCUGCUUUUAUUUGCAGAGCACUGUUUAAUUAGCCUUCCUCAUUGUUUGUUGUUUCUUGAAUUGUAGAUACUGUACCUGCUGUGAAGCAUGGUUGUUUUUUUUUAAAAAAUACCAUGACUAUAAACAACUGCUAAGACAUGCAUAAUAGAGGUAAACAACUAAAGCCAAAAGUUGGAUUUUUGAGAGCUCUAAGUUUUGCUUUAUUUAAAUGUUUUCUAGAGAUUAUGCAAAUAUCAUAUCAUAUUAUUGGUAGAAAAAUAUUUUUGUCUGCAACAGGGCUGGGUGCUACUGAUUACAUGUACUGAAUAAGUCAAAUAGCUUUUGUAAAGACAAAUGAAAAUUAUGACGUUGUGUCACUUGAACCAGCCUAUAGAAAUUGUCAAACAGGAUCUAAAAUGUAGUUUGGAAAAACACUUUAUAUUAAGAAAUGUUUGUAUCCAAAACGUUCCUUUCUCAAGGUGUCCUAAGAGUCUAAGAUUUACUUUGUGAACAUUAUUUUUUUUCCGUGAGCAACACCAUGGAGAGGUGUUACUUUGUUAGUGUAAGUACUUGGCUUUUGUGUCAUUUUGGUACACUGAAAUCCAGAUGUUUCAUACUUUCCUGUGAAUACACUUCCUUCAGGGAACAGGCUCGUGUCUUCACUUUGGCCAAAGUCCAUUCUUUUUGAGACAUGAGACAUGUUGUCCAGAAACUUUUUGCCAAAAAUAAAGUUGUCAAAUUUAACAUCAUGAAUCAAGCCCUUCUAGUAUGUGGAGAAUUUUUAUACAGGGAAGUAUGAGUCACUUGGGGCAUUGUUUCAUUAAGAUAUGGAUAUAUAUUAUAUUAUAUUAUAUUAUAUUAUAUUAUAUUAUAUUAUAUUAUAUUAUAUUAUGCUUGGUGUUCAGUUCAGUUCCACAAGUUCCCCAACUAAGAUUCUUCCAUUCUGGAAAAACUGAGCAGAAUAAAAGUGGAUGAAAAGAGGACAUAGGCUUGGCUUAAGCCACUUGAGCUGCUGUGUGGAAUUGCCAGGGGUUUGGAGGCUUUUGCACUUUAAGUAUUAGUUUCCUAUUUUAUUGUUUUAUGUUUUCCGUAACAAGGAUAGAAGCUUCACAGAUGUGUACAAAAGCUCCUUUUCCAAGUAAGCAGUCAACCUAGAAGGGGGUGAUUCCAGUUUACGUACAGCUUUCAGUUGAAGAACUGGAAGCCCUCAAUCUUCACACCAUUAAGAAGUAUUUAACGGCUUGGGCAGCCCAGGCAGAAGCUGGUGGAUUAAGCUGUGAUGCCAAGGGUUCUCAACUAUUUCUGCAUUUGUCAGUUCACAACCAUUCACUGGAAUGAUGUUGGACAGCAUAGAGCUGCACCAAGCAAGCAUGUACAAAAUCUUCUGUGGUGGUCAUAUUAGGAGCCAUAGUUUUAUUGCAGUGGUUACCAGCUGGCUGACCCCCUACUGUUACUUUUUUUUUUUUUUGGUGCAUAAAUGAUAUGUUAAGGAGUUUUCAGUGUCGAGUCAAUCUGGAGAAUAACCCUGAGGUUUUGAGCAGUAUCCUGUACUGCCCCCAUACUUGCAGAACAGAUCAGUAACACAAGAGGAAUGAGUAGUUCCUAAAAUAAGCACAGAAAUUAAUGGCAGCAUUCUUUUCCAGAAUGGGACAGGGCGGCAGAGUUCAGAGAUGAGAGCUCCAUUGACCUGGCACAUUCUGGAAAUGUCUGCUACUGCUCAUUUCCACAAUUGUUUUAGGGACUGCUAGUACCUGUUGCAAUAGGCACAGCGACAGUAUAGGGAACUGAUCUUGGGCUCAUGUUUCACUCGGUAUUUAGGAAAAUACCACUUUCUCAUGGUGUUUUGCCUACAAUAUAGAACAGUAUACAGACAAUUGUUCUAGCUGGCUUUUACUACUGGUUUUGCUUCAUACGCAUCUCCCAGAGGAUCUUCAUUAAUGCAUCCUGUGAGACCUUAUCUUCCUAGGCCCCAGAGCUCCAGUUCUAUAUAAGGCAAUCCAGGAAAUUUUCACUGGGUUUCUUGCCAUCCUGGAAAAAGCUGGGAUGAAGAUAAAUAAUUUUUGGUACUAAUGAUACAAAAAGGGAAAAUUGCCAAAGGACCUUUUCAAUUUUGAGACUAUUUUGGGCCACUGUGAAGAGAAACACUCAAAAACAAAUUUAGUUGUGUGACCAUGAGUUCAUACCAUGAAAUCACAACUGCUAAAAAAAACCCCAACCUAGUUGGUAUUUUAUCCUGUUUGCAAUACAUAUUCCCCCGCUACGUGUUGAUUCACACACACAUACAAAUGUGGCUUUCUAGUGAUUAAAAUAGCUUUUUCAACUGGGUUGAAAAUUGUGGAGGGAGAACUGCAAUAUACAUAAAUGUUUAAAGAUAGUAUAGUUUUUAGUACUUCUGAAUCUCUAAUAGGCUGGAGGCAAAGUCAUCAAUGUUAAGUAAUUCUGAAAUUGGUUGGAAAACUCUCAUCUUGGUAUAACCAAAGGAAAGCAUUCCCCUACAAUCUCUUUUAAUGGGAGGAGAGACAAUCCUGGUUGUUGGGGAAUAUGUGGGUCCCUGUGCUUCUCCUACGUUCUUGAUUUGUACUCCAUUUCCGUAUUUCGUCCUGUGCACUGCUCCCUUUUCAGUUUUUUUGUAGCAAUAACGAUGGGCAAAAUUCUAUAGAAUUAAUUACAUUUCUGGCGUUGCCUAAUGCUGUUCUAUGAUAGAUGGAAGGAUGGAUGGAUGUGCUUACUACUGGAAAUGUAAACUGGUCUUGAAAAUAUAGUGCACCUGUUUUCUAGAAUUAAGAAUUUAAUGUUUAAAUUAAAGCACUGUUGGUUUAAGAAUAUUUUUUUCAAUUAUUUAUCUUUUUAGUUUGGAUUAUGUGAUAUGUCUAAUACUGCUUAAAGAGAAAUGCAUAUUCAAAAUUGUUUCCCCAUGUUUGCAUCUAGGACCCAAACUUUAACGUAAGCUAUCAAAACUCUUUCAUCUACUUCCUUAAAAUACAAGUGACAUAAAGUUUGAACUUCAACAAGUGCUGAGUACAUUCAUUAGCUAUUCCGUUUACUGUGAACUGGAGUAGUUGGAGUUCCCGUGUGCAAGUGUGUAUGUAUAAGUCCAAGCCAUAAGUGACAGCUCACAGGUAUUAUGUCUCAUCUUCACCUAACUUUCAUCUCUCGAGUUUUGCUCACAAGGAAAAUGCACUGUAAUAUAAGAUGUCUUUUAUCUAGUUGAAUAAUAUUGGUGGCUUUUGUGGAAUAAAGAAUUUUCUACGGUGUUUCAGACAUAUCUAGGGCUAAUGUCAGUAACCUUGGGAUCAUCCUUUGCUCUAUUUAAAGUUUCUUAGCUUGCAAAAGUUUAGUGUUCAGGUCUUGGUCAAACAUUUUGUGCUACCAUGAUAUCCUACUUGGCAGUAUCCUGUGUGGUGUUACAUAUAAAACAAAUAAGAGAUCCAUAAACAUGCAGGACUUUGCUUUUUCUAAAACCAAUCACCUUGACACAGAAAUAUAUUGUAGAAAUGUGCAAGCUGCAUUUCUUCCCCCACACCCCAAAAUUCUGGUUUCCAAGUAUUCUAGGUUUGAGGGGGUUGUAUGGAAGAAAUCUGAACAGGACUGAUUUUGGUUGUGGUUUAAGUCGGAUAGUAGUAACAGUUCAUGUGCCUUAGAGUGUAUUGUAAGGACUGAAAAAUGAAUAUGUUAAUAUUUAAUGGCAGUCUAUUUUUGUUAAAAAUGUUCUUUUCUGUCUCCAUACCUUCAUAGGCUAAAGAGAAGUGUAUUAUUAUGCCUGCUCAGUGAAGGAAAACCUUUUUACUCAAUCUAUAGACUUGUCAUUCUAAAUGUCUUGAAACAAAAGUGAUUUUGAGACUAGAUGCUGAUGUCCAUGUUCCAUGGAGCUCCAGUGUGUAACCCCAGAGCAAUACACAUGCAAGGGCUUGCUUCUUUUCUUCAUUGUCAAGAAAUGUGUUGUAGACAUUUAUAAUGUGUAUGUGGACAUUCAAGGGGAUCUCUGUAUGCAUCAAAUCUGCAGAAUUGUAACUAAAUAGAUUUCAGUACAAAUAGUCGGGCUUAACCAGUUUAAGGGUAGCACUUCUAGCUGCUCUCUCUCUACACUUUAGCCACAACUCUAAUAUUCUGGAGAAACAUUAAUCAGCUAUUUGCAUCUUGCAUACACACAGAGAGAGUGUGUGUUUCUAUUACAGAGAUGCAUCUUCUGUCCAUUUUCUUUAAUUGAAGACUUAGACACACAAUAAUUCAGUUAUGUCUGCAUAUUUAGCAUGAUACCUUUUGAGCUUUUGCAUCUUCAGCUGUACACUUACAGGUUUCUUUUUUUUCCAGAUUUUACACUGAAUAUUCAGAUGUAAUGUCAGGAGCAAAAGCAUCAUUCACAGUUCAACUAUGCCCUCCACAAAUACACUGAACAUAGUGGGGAGGACAGUUGUAUGUUAAAAGGACUUUUGAUCUCACUGCUUACAGCCAAUGGCUGUUUUUACCUUAGCCAGGAAAAUCGAGAUGGCAAGGAGAACAGAACAAAGAUGGCAAGUUAUUUUGGUAGGUGGUGCAAGACAUCCUUUAAACUCCGAUCCUGUUAACAUAUGGAGGGUCAAAAUUGAAAGAGUCAAGGUUGAACAUUCAAAUUGGCUUUCUUGCACAAAAUUGUACUGACGAAAACAAAAUGUCUUCAGUUACUGACAGAGAAGUUAGUGUAAUCUCUCCAAAUGCUUGUCUUUCAAACUACUGAGUUUUCUUCAGGGCAUUUUAGAAAAUUCUGUGCAGUGGUCUAAUUUCAUUUUGUUCUACUUUCUGAAUGGAGAAUAUUCACUAGGUUGGAGGGAAAAGAAGCUUGUCCACCAUGCUGGAUUUUAAAGAAUUCUCUGAAAGUCACAUAGUAGCUUGAAAUGUCUCAAAUGUUUAAGCAGUGACUACGUUAAAGUUGUUUUAUAAGUGCCUUGGGGCCAGCGUGUGUUAGUGUGGCUUUAAAGUGCAGCAUUCUCCCAUCUUCUAGGCACAAUUCUGCAAAAAUUCACAUGUACACAACACAAUCCAGGCAAUUUGAAAUUGCCUGUAGCCAAAGCAAUGGUGCGUAUUCUCUCAAAGUAUAAAGCUUUUUAUAUUGGCACUCUAAAUAUGACUAAGUUCAUCUACUUUUAAAUUCUUACAGUUUAAAUGCAGGCGUGCAUUAGAUUUAUAACAUCUUUCUAGGAGAGAGGGAGAGAGAUGGUGUUCCAGUAAUGGAGCGUGCUGCUUUUAAACAUAUAAUCUAUCACAUGUUGCCAUAUGUGAAAUCAGACUUGUAUUGUACAUAUAAUACUCUAAAGAAUGUGGCCUUAAUUUUUCCUUAGUAGCCCCAUGCUACAGGAUGCUGACCCUUGCAACUGAUUUGUAUUUAUAUGACUGUGUAUUCUGUUCUCUAUUAGAACAUUCCUCCUCCUGAUAGAAUGGAUUUCUCAAAUCUCUUCUGGAAGAUGUUAUCUUUCAUUGCACUCUGAACUUUAAAAUGUUUCCUCAUUUCAGUGUACAUUUUUGUGUGUAUUUCACAAAUUGAGACCCCCUGUGUGAAUGUUUAGAUAUGUAUUCCGUUCCAUUUCAAAGGCUAACUUCACUUAGAUGCAUAAUAAAUACUUGUUGAUGCUUUGCCAUGAUACUGUUAAAUGUUUACAAAGUGUAUUUCUUUAAAGAGUUGUUUAAAGUUUUUCACACAAUAAAAAUCUUGCUUUGCCGUACUCAGGUCUUAGUCUUCAAGAACUUAAGCCUCUUAGAAUUGCUGUGUGUUACUUAAACCUGUAGUUUGUAGUAGAAGUACAGAUCUUUACACAUGACAACAUCUCUUUGAUCAAAGCAAUGGUCUGACAUCUUUUUUAAGUUAGUCAUGGCACCAUGUAGCAAAUUACUGUAAAAGAAAAACCUAAAAUAGGUUACCUUUUAAAAAUGUGGAAUGGUAUGACGAUGUUAGAACGGAUGAUUGAACCCCACUGAACUAUUUUAAUUUACAAAGGCUUUAAAAAAGGGGGUGGAUUUGAGAGUAAAUUUGCACCAGAUCUGUGGGGAGAUCUGUAGUUCUAUUGAUAACAAGAAGCUGGCUUGAAUAAUGGUGACAUCAAAGUAAUUCUGGAAUUACUAUUGGAAUUUGAAAAGGGAUUACCCUUCUAUGUUUAGUACGUUAGAGAAAGUGCAAGGUAGUAUCAUAUCAAAACAGUAGCACUGCAAGUUGUACAAUAUUUGCUUGGAGGAGGAUUUUUGAAGUGUGUGUGUAUAUAUUACAAAAUAUAUGCAAAUCUGUGGUUUUCCUCAAUUUGUAAAGGAGAAAUAAAGCCUAUUUUCUUAUACUUUGAAUAAAAUUAUGUGUGUGUAUAACCAGCACUGAUUGAAUGGCAUGUGUAUUGCAAAGACAGACACAUUUUAUUUUAUUGUGAAAUGAGAAUAAAAUCUUUUAAAUACUAA